UUUGUUUUUAUUAUUCAAUUCUUAGUAAAGAUCAACCAAUUUGGACUGAAAUUCAGCUAAAAAAUGCCGGUAGAGAAUAUUUUAAAACAAGGAGCAGAAGGUCGUCUAUAUUUAGGAGAAUACAAAGGCGAACGAUGUCUAAUAAAAGAAAGAUUUGUGAAAAAAUAUCGCCAUCAAGAGUUGGACAAUCAAAUCACCCGGCAACGCAUGAAGGCCGAAACAAAGGCGGCCGGAAGAUGUCAAACGGCUGGUAUAAUUGCACCCAGAAUUCUACAUAUGGAUUUGCAAGAACGUAAAAUCUACAUGGAAUACUAUGAUAAAGCCAUAACAGCCAAGGAAUAUAUACAGAGAAUAGUGGCUAGUGAAAAGGAUAAGACCGAAGAAGUUCUUAAAUCGUUGUGUACGGUUAUAGGUAGUACCAUAGGAAAAAUGCAUGCAAAUAAUAUUAUACAUGGUGAUCUGACUACUUCAAAUAUUUUGAUUAAUCCUAAACAAGCAGAAGAUUUUACGGAAUAUGAGGUAGUGUUUAUAGAUUUUGGCUUGAGCCACUAUAAUCAGGGCUCAGAAGAUAAGGGAGUGGAUUUAUAUGUUCUAGAGCGUGCUUUAUUGAGUACCCACAGUGAACAGCCUUAUCUGUUCGAGUACAUGUUGCAGGCCUAUCGCUUAGCAUGUGGUAAAGAUGAGGCAACGGUGGUGGCUAAAUUUGAGGAGGUCAGAGCCAGAGGACGUAAGAGGACAAUGAUUGGUUAAGUUUUUAUGUUCAUUUUUGUUUUCGUAUUUUUCAUUUUACUUAAACAAUAAACAAUAUUUAAAUUAAA